AUGCGACGCGUUCGUCGAUAUCCACCAGGGCCGUUUCCUCUACCACUGAUAGGAAACCUCCACCAUAUAAUCAUCGGAAACAUCAAAUAUGGAGGCAUCGUUGAGCUGAUGAAAAAAUGGCAGAAGGAAUACGGUGACGUCAUCACAUUUUGGUUUGGACCAAUACCAACAGUUCAUAUUCUGGACUUCGAGACAGCUAAAGAGGAAAUGAUCGUCAACGGUGCCGCUUAUGUGGACCGAUACACACCGUAUGUUCUUAAUAUUAAACGAGAAGGACGGGGUACGGUGUUCUCGAGCGGCGAUUUUUGGGCUGAUCAUCGUCGUUUCUCUUUACGAACGUUACGCGAUUUUGCCUUGAAGAGGAACCUCAUGGAGCAGAGAGUAAUGGAUGAGUUCCACCAGAAGUCGGAAAAUGCUGCCGAAUUCUUCGAAGUUAAACAUGCAUUGGAUAAAGAAAUAUUGAGUGUGACAGCCUUUUGGUAUGUCGCUGGAAAAGUGGACGCUCAACUUACCAUUAUUCAAAAACAAGUGGAGAAAGCUUAUCGCAACCUCAAGAGAAACUUUUGGAGUUUCUUCAGAAAAGGAUCCAACAGAGAAAGGAAGAUAUCGCAUCGGGUAAGCAUUCUCUGGAUGGAGAUGGUAAUGAUUUUGUUGACGCCUUUUGAUAAAAAUGGAGAAAGACCGGAAGAGAAGGACGACAUCCAACCCAAUCGUACAAGAACUAUCAUUUUGAACGAGGAUGGCAGUCUUGUCAUCAGAGCUUCCAAUGGACCGCUAAAUUCGAUCCUGGACGAUAUGAAGGAAGGAGGAAAAGCUCUAGAACAACGAAUAAUUCCAUUCGGUAUCGGGAAACGGUCGUGUAUCGCCCCAGCAGCUGUUGCAACUUCAACAGCAGCAGAGAUAUCACCACCAGCGGAAGCUGGUGCUGCAGGUCCAGUCGUACCAGCUUUAGAGGGUAAGGGCAUGACAAGGUUCGUCACAGCAACUCCUUCAACAACCUUAACGGAUAGCUCGGACACAUUCAAUGAAGAUGACCUUGAGAAGUGUGGUAAUGUUAUCUACAGUGAUUGCGACUUCAACGUCCUGAAGACUAAGAACAGCGCAAGUGCAAGCUUUUUUCUGCUAGAAGACCAUUCCGAGUGCAAUUUGCAAAGUGCCUUCACUUUACGGAGGACAAGCACUGAGAGGCUCUUGACACUGGAUAUAACCAAUGAAGCUGCUGGAACUCUUCCGUAG